AUUCAUUCACAAUACAUUGCACAGCGAUGUCUACCUUCCCGAUUCUUCUCUUGCCACAAAAAUCUCUUCAAAAUGUACUACGAAUCAUGCAGCCGUUGGAAUUAAUCUACUUUUCAUUUGUUUCAAAAACCUGCAAAGCACAUACAGUUGAUCUAAAUCUCAAAGCAUCUCGUCUUACAAUUGUAUUAAAGAAUGGUGAAGAAUGUGCAUGGAUUGAAGCCGUAUUCAAAGAUGGAAAUACUGUAGGCUUCGAAAUCUCCACUGAAAGUUGUGCUGAUUGCUCUGAAGUGAUGUAUCCAGUGUUAGGUACAUACUAUGAAGACGGAAGUUAUGACUCAAGCCACGCUGAUACUAUCAAAGUUCCAACAAUAGGAUUAGCUCAGGUCAUUGCUCAUUUUCAAACUAUUUUCCACAAGCCGAAGAUCAGUCAGCUCUAUCAUGAGAAUGUUUAUAUUUGUGAUCAAAUGCUAGAAAUAAUUAAAACUCUCGACUUCGAGAAAAUUGAAUUUUGGAUUCGUACUUUCGAUUACUUUUUAAUUCUCUUUUCAAAUUACACCAGAGAAGUCGAUUUUCAAAUUCAUUGUUUACGGUUGGUGACUCGUGUAAUUCUUUGUCGGAGCAUACGCUUCGUGGAUUCUUCCGAUUGGCAUCUUCCAAAUGUAUUGGCUUCAAAUGGUACCCAAUUCAAGUGCUCCACUCCUGUUCCAAUUAAAUCAAUCAAUAUGUUUCUGAGACACUGGACGAAUGGCUCAAAUCCGAGGCUUGAGUGUAUACGUAUAUCUAUUGAAGCAGAAGCUCCUUUUUCUGAAGAAUCCACGUAUAUCGAAGAGGUUUUGAAAGGGAUUCAUUAUCAAACGGAACCCAUCGAUAGUGUAAAAACAUUUGACCCUAUCAAUUUGUAUACGCAUAAUAACUUGUGUUUUAAUGAGCACAUACUGAAACAAACCACUGGAAUUGUUAUAAGAUGUGGCUAUGAGAAAAAAGCAAUGGUGAAUGUGAAAUUAUUCGAGACUCCCACAGAGUCUGAAGUUUUGUUUCAAAUGUCAUUGAUUGUGUAAUAUUCUUGAAUUGCUAAACCAAAUGAAUUUUUAU